UGAGGCACACUUGGAUGAAGGAUUCCAGCGGAGUGAGGAGGGACGUGUUGGGUCGAGGGGACGGAGCUACAGGUCUGGGGCUCCUUCAGACUGGACACUUGGACACAGAAGGGACACAAGACAGACGGAAGAGAUGGACACACGGAGGAACGCCAGGCCCGGCUGGCUGACACAGACCGACGUGACCUUUCCAUCCGGCUGAUGUAGCGAACCUGGACGCACAACUGACCAUCGGGACGGAGAUCCAACGGGAAUUGUGAGGGAGUUCACAAUGGAUUUAUACAAAUGUCUUGGUGUACUUUUCAUCACUCUUCCUCCACAAGUUUGUUUUCAGGUUCGACCUCGUGCCCACGCCGAAGAGAGGCUGCUCCAGGAUCUGUUUGCACGUUACAAUAAGCUCUCCCGGCCGGUGGAGAACACUUCAGACACUGUGCUAGUCCACUUUGGACUGUCUAUUGCCCAGCUCAUUGAUGUGGAUGAGAAGAACCAAAUGAUGACCACAAACGUCUGGGUCAAGCAGGAAUGGAGCGAUUACAAACUUCGCUGGAAACCUGAGGAUUACGAAAAUGUCUCCUCCAUACGAAUACCCUCAGAGAUCAUCUGGAGGCCAGACAUUGUCCUCUACAACAACGCUGAUGGCGACUUUGCGGUGACUCACCUCACGAAGGCACAUCUGUUCCACGACGGUCGGAUAAAGUGGAUGCCGCCGGCCAUCUACAAGUCUUCGUGCAGCAUAGAUGUCACCUUCUUCCCAUUUGACCAGCAGAGCUGCAAGAUGAAGUUUGGCUCGUGGACUUAUGACCGCGCCAAGAUCGAUCUCAUCAGCAUGGCCAGCGACGUGGACCAGAUGGACUACUGGGAGAGCGGCGAGUGGGUCAUUAUUAAUGCAGUGGGCAAGUACAACACCAAGAAGUACGAGUGCUGCGCGGAGAUCUACUCCGACAUCACCUACUACUUCAUCAUCCGGAGGCUUCCGUUGUUCUACACCAUCAACCUCAUCAUCCCCUGUCUCCUGAUCUCCUGUCUGACCGUGCUGGUGUUUUAUUUGCCGUCGCAAUGUGGGGAGAAGAUCACCCUGUGCAUCUCGGUGCUGCUGUCCCUGACAGUAUUCCUCCUUCUGAUCACAGAGAUCAUACCGUCUACGUCGCUGGUGAUCCCUCUGAUUGGUGAAUAUCUGCUGUUCACCAUGGUCUUCGUCACCCUAUCCAUCGUAAUUACCGUCUUUGUUUUGAACGUACACCAUCGGUCGCCGCAAACCCACAGCAUGCCCCACUGGGUGCGGAGAGUGUUCUUGGACAUGGUGCCGCGAGUCCUCUUCAUGAAGCGUCCGCCGGGCACAGCCAAGCAGCACUGCAAGAAGCUCAUCGAGAUGAUGCACCGUCCGACCGCCAUAUCUGCGACGGGCAACUCGCUGGCCUACUGGACAGGGUUGGAGACGGGACUGAGGCAGAUGUGCCAGGCGGAGAAUGCACUCCCAAAGACUCCCUGCGACAGUCCAAGCAUCCACGUCUGCUCGCCCGCUCCACCUUCCUCCCCUCCUGAGGAUUGCGAGGAGGACGAUCGCCUACUGAAGGCCAACGUCUUCUGCCGCACCACAUCCAGUCGGUAUUCAGCUCCCUCUGAGAAGCAAACCCCACGUGGGCACAAUUCCAAUGCUUCAUCUUCUUCGCAGUUGUCCCUUCCCCCAGCUCUGCCGCUGGGUCCGCUCCGCAGCUUUUCCCAGGAAGAGCCAAAUGCAAUGGCCCCAAAUGGCCGCUCCCUCAGCGCAGAGCAGAUGUUUGACCAACAGGGGGAUCUCUCUCAGAGAGCCGGGCACCGGUGUCGCUCCCGCAGCUUCCAGUACUGCUGUCUGCACGGUGAAGGGCCUGGGCUCAUGGCGGUCGCAGGGUGGGUGAAGAAACAGGCCCCUACAAAUCACCCGGCAGGACGCGUCACGGGCGAGUCAACGAAGGACGCGAGCACCCAACAAGACAUCGUCAUUCCAACUAUUUCCCCAGCGGUGCAACGCGCCAUAGAGGGAGUUCAGUACGUCGCCGAUCAUCUCAGGGCAGAGGAUGCCGAUUUCUCAGUGAAGGAGGACUGGAAGUAUGUGGCCAUGGUCAUUGACAGGAUAUUCCUCUGGAUGUUUGUACUGGUGUGUAUACUGGGAUCUGUGGGACUCUUUCUUCCUCCUUGGCUGGCUGGAAUGAUCUAGAAACCCGUCAUUAAAGGGCAGAACUAUCUUACCUCUUAAAAGAAAAAGAGACUGGUAUUUUAUUUUUACAAGUUGCAAGUGACACGUCUCGGUCUUGGCCCAGGUUAUCAGAAGGCUGCCCACGGAGAAACAGGAUGAAAUAUCUCUCAUUGAUUCUAUUCACCUUAUGAAUUCUUUAUGAGGGCAAAAGGCCAACAGUCCUUCCCCACCACUCCAUUUCGACAUUGAGCUGUGUAGCUCCCGUUGUCACCUUUGACAUACAUACACUGCAGAAGAAAAACAAAGAAAAGAAUAAAAAGAACCCGUUGAACGUUUGGCUUAAACACACCAUUGAAUAUUUAUUAUGUUGCUACCACGGCACUUGCCGUCGUUGCCCUAGUUAAAAGGGAGUUUAAAGUAAUUCCCUCUAGUCAUGUACAGCCCUUCCUUCCCCUUAAGCUCUGCAAAUCUUUCCAAAUGCUCGCUAAAUAAGUAGAAUAAGAGUUCAAUGAGUAGUUUGCUUUGAUGUUUUUUCCUUCUAUUUGUUUUUUGAGCAUGCCUUUCAAUGCCAUAAUAAUGCAAUUUAGGUAUUGAUAUUUAAAGAUGAAUGUCAAUAAAAAACUGCCGCAUUAUUUUUGGGGAUAUAUUUAUAUUCGUAUCUGGAAUAAAGAAAACCAGCCUCCACACUGUAUUCUGCAUAGUGUACAAGGUAACACAUUUUAUGACAAGGGAGGAAAUUGUAUUGCUUUCAAAAGUGCUUAACAAAAAAAAAUACUUUGACAAUAAAAAUGCGGUUCACCCGUUACCAUACAAAAAAAGUUAUUAGUAUUUUUUUUAAUUUAUUAUUAAAUACAUGAGGCUGAACUUAUUGUGGAAAAGGCUCCAAACUUUCCAUAAGACCAUCAUCGUGUUAAUAGAGAUGACUUGCAGCUUUGCUUAAUUGCUUUUCAAUAUCUGCAACUGCUAAAAAAUAAGCAGUAAGACCACGAGGAGCAGUACAGAAGAAAAUAUACUGUAAUUUGGAGGUUUUGACAUUUGAAAGAUUUCUGUGAGAAUUCCACCUUUCGGCGAGUGAAUGUCAAGUGCUUCUGCCCUCUCUGUGAAACUCCCUUAUUGUCAAUAUUCCUAGGAAUCCAUAAGUCAUCUGAAUGCCAAUGGUCCCUAAUGUGUGGAUGUACAGUUUCAUGAGGCUGUGAUUAUCCGAGAGGUCACAACAGGUCAUUUUAAAGUGAAAUCAACUUUCAAUCAGACCCAUGGCUGAUAUGGAGACUCACAUCAUCACACAAGAAGUCAUCUGAGCGCAUUUGCACCACAAGAGUUUCUGCAUUUUCUAAUUGCAAAUUAGGGGCCCAUGCAGAAAUAUUCAAAAAAAACUUUUUUUUUGCCAAAAAUACAACAUUUGUGCUGAAUUCUAGCAACUGUUUAGGGUUAUCAUGUGGGGACGUCUGUGAAGGUGAUGCUCAAAAUGGCCAUACGACAAUAUCGCAUCAGGUCAUCUAGCUGUAUAUGAUUACAUUACAUUAAAUGACAUGUCAUUUAGCUGGCGCUUUUAUCCAAAACGACUUAUAAUAAGUGUAUUUCAACCAUGUAGACUAGACCCAAUCCAUUCACAGCACGGUGCGUGAGUACCGAUGCUUUUGAAGUGGAUGUCUGUCCCCGUACACCCGCAUCCUGCUGCUCCACCUCUGUAACAUCCCUGAUUGCAUUAGAUUUAAAAGCAUGUAACGUUACACCCGAAUGCCCACAGGGAUGACCUUAAUCUUGACCUCUGCCAAUAAACUAUUAUAUUUCCAAUGGCA